AUGGACACCUUAAACGGUUCCAGUUUGGCUAAGAACGCGACUCCCUACCGCUGCAAGUUUAACGAGGACUUCAAGUACAUCCUGCUACCUACAUGCUAUAGCGUGGUGUUCAUAGUUGGCAUAGUACUUAACAUCACCGCCAUGUAUGCCAUUCUGUUCCGGAUCAAACACUGGAGCCCCAACACCAUCUAUAUGAUGAACCUGACCGUAUGUGACACACUCUACAUCCUCACUCUGCCCUUCCUGAUCUACUACUACGCUGAUAAAAACGACUGGCCUUUCUCCGAAGCUUUCUGCAAGCUCAUCCGCUUUCUGUUUUACUCAAAUCUGUACGGUAGCAUCCUCUUCCUGACCUGUAUCAGCAUCCACCGCUUUCUCGGCAUUUGCCACACGGUGCGGUCCAUGCAGUGGGUCAACGCUCGACGUGCCCGCUUGACCUCGCUCAUUGUUUGGGCUGUUGUGCUGGUCGCCCAGGCGCCUGUGCUUUACUUCUCCAGAACCAAUGGACAAGUCUGUUAUGACACCACAUCAAAAGAUCUGUUUGAGUACUUUCUGAUGUACAGCUCCGCCAUUACUGUGUUUUUCUUCUUGAUUCCCUUCGGCGUAGUGCUCGUCUGCAACGGCAUGAUGGUGAGAACGCUUCUACAGCCAAGUACCAUCGGAGGUGCUACAUCCCGCCAUUCCAAGCAGAAGUCAGUCAGGAUGAUCGUCAUCGUGCUGCUGGUGUUUAUCCUCUGCUUCCUGCCCUUCCACCUCAUGCGGACCAUCUACUACUAUUUCAGGUAUUUCGAUGUGAACUGCGCACUUCUGGAAGGUUCCAGUAUAGCCUACAAGGUCAUGAGGCCACUGGCGAGUGCUAACAGCUGCGUCGACCCCAUCCUCUACUUCAUGGCUGGCCAGGGUUUUCGCCGGGGUCUAACCCAAAGAAGCAAGCUAAGAAAGAAGCCCGAAGAGAGCAAACAUCUUUCCACCAACUUAUGA